AUGGCUAAUAGGAAAGGAGAAAAGAAUGAAGAUGGCACAGAGGUCGUGCAAAUAAACAAAUGGGAUGGAUCUCAAGUGAAGCAUGCGAUUGAUGAUGCCUUCAAGAAUGCAUUGAUGGAAAGGCAAAAUUGCAGAGAACAUUUUGGAAUCAUUGAUGGACGACUUAUCAUUUGUUUCCUUGCUGUCGGCAUUGCACUUUUUGCUUUGGCUUAUGACUACAUCUAUACAUUCCCAACAUCCAGGCCUAUCCUGAUCAUUUGUGUAUCAUCAUACUUUGUGCUGAUGGGAAUUUUGACAGUCUACACGACAUACAUUGAGAAAGGAAUCUUUGCUGUUGCCAUUCAGAGCGAUAGUAACGGAAACACACUCAGAAAGUGGACAGCAAGUUCGGAUAUGAAAAAGUAUGAUGAUAAAUAUUCAAUAACUUUAAGUGUUAAGGAUGCAAAGAGUGCUGUACGUGAAAUCUCGUCGACCAAGACCUGCGCAAACUACAUUGACGUUGAUGGUGUUAUUUGCCAUGAUUUAAUCUCUGCUGAAUUAAAACGACUGUAUAAUUCCUUAAAUAGUGCUGAUAAGAAGGAUAAAUAGCUCCUGAUUUAAUGAACAAGUCUAAGUUCCAAUUAAAAUUAUUUCUUAUGUCCGUU